AUGCGCUCCCAACUCGUCCUCCGGAGGACUCGUCUGUUCUCGAAAGCCUGCUCUCCUCCCAGCCGUGCUCUCCUCUCCUACUCUGGUCCUGCUCGAUAUCCACGCAAUGAACAGCCUCUUGCAAAGAGCGCCCGUCUUUCCAGGCGCUCUUCGUCGACGACCACACCGUCACCCGACGCGUCCGCACCCGAGUCACCUCCAGAGGCGAACGAAAAUGACGACGAUAAACCACCGACCCCUCCUGAAAUACCUGAGCAGCCCGUUAAAGCUCGAACAACAAGAGUUACCAAAGAGUCGACGAAGGAGACAGAUAUUACUCAUCCACUGCCGAAUGGACUAGAUAUCCUAUGGACAGCAGAGUCUUUGGCUGACAAACCCCCUACGGCCCCGCACCCACCUCCAGAAAUCUACGAAGAGGCUCUCAAUAAUCUCUGGUUGACGUUGCAUCCACAGACCCAAUAUCGCGCCGCAUAUAGUUCAUCACAGGGAGCCCCCGUCGAACCCACCCUCGCGCUUUACUGUCCUAUCGAGGGCGGUGAUUAUGUUCUGGACGCGACUGUCCGUGAGCUCGCACGGCAGACUGAAUCCGAUGUUGUCGUGCUCGAUGCCGUUCACUUAGCAGCUGGGGAAUGUGGCCAGUUUGGCAAAGCUGCCAGUGUUUUGAACCUUCCUCACAAUCCAUUACAUUUUACUGCACCACCCAUACCUCAACGCAUGUCCCGUCGCUCAUCUGCUGUAGACGAAGAAGACGACGAUUCGGACUCUGGACCUAUUUCGCUCGGUCCUCCAAUGAGCCUCACCGUUCUCACACCCAUGCGACCUUCUCGCUCCUCUCCCUCAUCCAAUGCACGGUCAGGCACUCUCGCCACUAAAACCUUCUUCGAGCAACUCGUCAACAUUCAAGCACCAGACAGCACACCAGGACGACCACGCAUAAUCUACGUUCGCGACUUUGGAACUCUGGCUUCCUCAUCGCAGACAUGGUACCCCGGUCUCCUGAACGCAGUACGAGCGCGCCGUCAAGGACCUAUAUCCCGACCGACGUCCCCCGUAGCGAACCCAGUCACCAUCAUCUUCGGCAUCGCACCUCCCUUACACUCUCCAUCCUCGGUUUCCGGCGGUGGCGGCGGCCAAAACAUGAUGAGCCUCGUCAUGAGCCGCAGCGCCGCCACUUCCUCAUUCAACUCCCCGGCUGCCCGACCGCCCAGAUCUGAGUACGGCGAGGACGACCUGUCGGACAAGGCGCGUGAACGUCGACUCCGACAACGGUUACGAAAAUGGGAGCGCGCGGACUCUGGCCUGCUAGACGACCUCCCGAAGCUGUCACUUCCGGACGAAGACGACGAGGCGGGCGGGGUCGGUUCGAGGGAUAAUGGAGUUGUUGUCGUUGGUGGUUCGUCUGGUCUUUCUGGGCUGUCUUCAUUGUUCAGCCCAUUCCCAGGUCCCAGUCGGAUGCCGUCUGCUCGGGGCGGCGGGAGCAGCAGCAAGGGCAACAGCAAAAGCACCGACUCGCAGACCAACUCGAAGUUCUUCCGGACGACGGUCAUCGUCCCGGAGACGCGUUCGGUAGCGCAUGAACGGUCCUGUCGUGUGGCGAGGAGGAGGGAGAUCAAUGAGUUGACGAUGAGGAUGGGUGUCAACGCGGUGGGUGGGGACCUUGCGAAGAUGGAUGUGAUACCUGCUUCACAUACGUCAGCAUCGGCCGGGAAGGAAAACGCUGCGAAGGAGGACGAGUCGAAGACUUCGGCGGGCGUGUCAGAGGAGGCGGCUAAGAUGUGGGAAGAUUGGGGUAAGCGAUUGGAGGACUGGACGACGGUGAAGCAGAUCGCGGAUCAGGCGGUCGGGAUGGUCGUCUCGCGGAGUGCUGCUGCUGAGUACAAGGCUAAGAGGCCUUCACUGGGUGCGGUUCCUGUACCGUGGGAGGAGGUCUUCAAGGCUUGGGCGAAACAGCGGUCGACUCGGAAUGUUAGGAAAGCUUGGAUGCAGAAGUCUUCGGGGAAACUUGUGAAGGAGCACGAGGAGGAUGAAGAGGACGAGGAAGAUGAGAAGGACGAGACAGUGAUUGAUGAGGUUGUGGAGAGAGUCAAACGCGACCCGUACCUUGACCAACAUGAGCAGAGGCUGCUAGGGUGUAUUGUCGAUGCUGCAUCCAUGCCUACUUCGUUCUCUCAAGUACAUCUUCCACCACACACCAUCGACUCCGUCCGGACAAUCGUUUCUCUUCCUCUUCUUCAUCCUUCGUCUUUCCAGCAUGGUAUCCUCAAAGAACACGGCAUGACCGGCUGCCUCCUCUUCGGACCCCCGGGCACCGGAAAGACACUCAUCGUACGAGCAUUGGCAAAGGAAGCAGGGUGUCGCAUGCUCGCCGUCACACCCUCCGAUGUCAUGGACAUGUACGUCGGCGAAGGCGAGAAACUCGUCCGCUCACUGUUCUCGCUCGCUCGCCAACUCUCCCCCUGCGUCGUCUUCAUCGACGAAAUCGACGCCUUAUUCGGCGCACGGUCGUCUGCGCGCGAGACUGGGGGUGCUAUCGCCCAUCGAGGCGUCAUCACCGAGUUCAUGCAGGAGAUGGACGGGCUGAAGUCGUCGAAGGAAGAUAAUGUUAUCGUUAUUGGUGCUACGAAUCGACCUUUCGAUCUUGAUGAUGCGGUUCUGAGACGGUUACCGCGGAGGUUGUUGGUCGAUUUGCCGGGGGAGAAGGAACGAGAGGAGAUUCUCAAGAUCCUUCUCCGCGAUGAGAGUCUGGCGCCUGAGGUCGAUCUGAAAGAACUGGCCAAGAAGACCGAGAGUUUCUCCGGUUCAGACCUGAAGCAUCUCUGUGUCUCUGCAGCGCUCGAUGCUGUCAAGGAGCAUGUUACAGUACCGUGGAUAGCCGCCCCUCCGCCAGACUCGCAAACUGCGCUAGUAACAGACGCAUCAGGUUCGGCUGUGGAGAAGCCCUCCGAGAACGUAGCAGCAGUGGAUGCUGAAGCCACCCCUUCGACGCCCUCCGAGCCCAAUGAAGUAGCCUUUCUGGGUGUAUCAUCUUCUCCCGACGCUUCUUUAGAGUCGGAGAGCGAUUCUUCUACGGCGACAGCUGUACCAGAAACUGCAGAGGCCACAGAAACGACAAAGGCCGUAAAUACAGAGAGCCCGUCCGAGGAAGAGGACGCCACACCGAUGCCUCAGCGUGUCCUCCACCCACGCAACUUCGUCAAAGCACUCAAGGAAAUCACUCCAUCCUCCUCCGAAUCGCUCGGCAGCCUGUCCGAGCUGCGGAAAUGGAAUGAAGAAUUCGGUGAAGGCCGCAAAGCGCGCAAAAAGCAGGUGUGGGGUAAGGACAGGUUCGGGUUCAUGAAUCAGGUCGUUGUUGGGAAGGAGGAGGGUAAAGUCGGGCCUCUUACUGCGUCGAUAUUUGAGCAUAUAGCGCGGUCGAGGGAUCUCGAUUAGUAGAUGAGUUGGGUAGAAGGGUCGCGGGGUCGGUUCUGAUGGCGGGCAUCGUAAUGUACUUUGUUUGCUCGUUAUUAAUGCUUGCUUGUAUCAGUAGUGCUUUGCAAUUGCUUGCUCAAUGCUCACACAAGGACGCUCGGCUCGGACAUAUACAUACACACGCACAGAAGUAAAGUGAAUCCUCAUCCGCGUCGCCUGUUACCUCGUCUCUGUGUAGGAGGUGGCGAGGCUUCUUCCUCUUCCUCGUCAACGUCCAUCUCAGCGUCCGGCUGGGACUGCGGUGCGCUUCCCCGUCUGGGGUUACUCCUGCUCUUCCGCUGUGUCUGUGUCUGCGUCUGCGUAGGCUCCUCUUCCUCGUCAUCAUCCUCCUGCGUCUGACUCCUCUUCCUAUCCUCAUCACUAUCCUCCUCCGUCGAAGCCCUCUUCUUCGACCGUCUCGUGUUGUGGUCCCCAUCUCCACCGGCCGCCUUCUCUCCUAUCUCGACCAGCUUUGCGGCGCUUUCGUGCGAGGCCCAAUCCGAGCCGCAUUGCGGGCAUUUGACCUUGGUAGCGCGGUAUUUGGAGAAGCAGUGCGUGUGCAUGCGGACGCCGCAGGUGUAGCAGCCUUUGCCGCGGGUGAGGAGCUCGAGACAGAUUGUACAUUCUAGGACUUCAUCGGCGUAUGUUGUUCUCAGAUAUGGCAUGAGCUCGAGAAUGGUACGUGUUGUGAGAGAAUAACGGCCUCGCUCGCUCUUGUAUAGCCAACCUUUUGCGACGAAGCUCUCGAGGACUAUCUCGC